CUCUGGUCCAGUUUGCCCGAGUUUUGGUAUAAAAGUUGAUCUCCCGGUUUAUUUCCCCAGUUUGCUGGCAGAUUUAACUCUGAGCUGCUAACCUUCAAUAAUUUCAAGAUGAAUUCCCUGAUUGUUCUGUGUUUUGCUGCUUCCAGUUUUGCUGCUCCUCAGCUACCAGCUGGACUUACUGCUGCUGCCUGUCCUAACUACCCAUACUGUGAUGCCAGUUCUGGCUUCCUUGAGGUCCCUAAUGUGCCCGGAGCUGCUGAAGUGAUUGCUGCACAAGAGGCCCUUCUCAGAUCCUCAGGUACUCCUUACGGAGUUCUAUCCAGCCUCCCUGGUAUUGAGGCCCACGCAGCUGCCGAGGCCGCUGUUCUAGAAGCUUCCAGGGAAGGUUUCCCAGCCCAUGCUGCCGCAGAGGCUUCCGUUCUCUUGGCCCAGGGUCUUGCCCCAGCAAACUUUGAUGCCGGCAGAUACGCACAUUACCAGGCCGAGCAAGCAGUUUUAUUGCAGCAGCAGCAGCAGCUUGUAGCUCAGGGAUAAUCAGCUCCUCCAAUAAUACCCUUCCCUCUCCCCCCCACUCCCCUCCCUUCCCCCUCCCUCCUCAUCCAGCAUACACACUCAAUUUUGACUAGUCAUCUCUGUGCAGUGAGAUUCAAUUUUAAAAAAUCCAUUAAUCAAUUAUUGAUCCAUUUUAUUUGGUAUCAAAAUUUGAUUGAUUGAUUAGAUGAAAGAUUGAUUGCUUGCCUAUUUUUAUUUCCAACAAUUUAUAUUUAGAAAUAUAUAUUUUAUAUUGAC